GACUUCUGUAUGAGACAGGGAAGCAAGAGGUAAGAACAAAAGAAGAGGAAAAGUAAAAGGGAUGGAGACUGCUGGAGUGGAGGACUCCUCAGAUAAACUUUGUAAACCUCAGGAUUCCGCAUCUUCUGUGGGUCCCCCCUCCGAAGCUCCUCCUGAAGCUUGUCCUGGUAAGACGCAUGAAGAAGCGAAGCUCGAAGAGGAAAAGUCUGAAGAGGUAGAAGAGGAGGUGGUUGAGGAGAACAGAGAGGAGUGUAGGCUGCUUGGAUGUCUGGGCUUGGCGGCUGCUUCCUGUUGUAUAUGUGUGGAGUUGGAUCAAGUGCGUAACUGUGUGCGCUCCGAGAAGAUUUGCAUCCUGCCCAUUUUAGCCUGUUUGCUAAGUUUGGCCCUCUGCACUGCUGGACUCAAGUGGGUUUUUGUGGACAAAAUAUUUGAGUAUGAGCCUCCCACACAUCUGGAUCCCAAGCCCAUGGGCCAGGGCCCUUUCAUCAUCGAUGCAGAUCCCACACUGGGGCUACCUGUGUCAUUCUCGCAUCCUACCUCACCACCAGUCCUUACCCUAAAUACCACUACAACUAAACCCAAGGUGUUUGUUGAAGGUGAAUCCACCAGUCGUCCUUUUGCACCUGCCUCACCCAAGGUGACCCCAACAUCAAAAGUGACUUCUCACAAGAGCCUAAGCUCAAACCCCUCUUCCAACACCACCCCAGAAUCUGUCAGGAACAGCACACAAUUUCAACAUGGGGAAUCAAACAACAUCUUUACCAAAACCUCUGCCACCAGCACCACGCCGUCAGCCAAGACGUCCAGUCACGUGACACGCUGCAGUGAGGAGGAGAAGAGUUACUGCGUGAAUGGGGGCGAGUGCUUUACCCUAAAUGUCACACCCAACUCCAUCAAACGGCUUUGCAGGUGCCCAAAUGAGUUUACUGGUGAUCGCUGCCAAAACUACGUAAUGGCCAGCUUCUACAAACAUCAUGGGAUUGAAUUUAUGGAAGCUGAGGAGCUGUAUCAGAAGCGUGUAUUAACAAUAACAGGCAUCUGCAUUGCUCUUCUAGUUGUUGGAAUCAUGUGUGUGGUGGCCUACUGCAAAACCAAGAAGCAGAGGCAAAAGCUGCAUGAUCGCUUGAGACAGAGUAUACGAAACCACAAUGCAAUGGCUGACAUAGGAAAUGGUCCACAGCACCUGCAAAAGCACCACACACCACCGCAAACCCUGCAGCUUGUUAAUUAUGCAUCAAAAAAUCCUGUCCCUUCUGAGCAUGUGAUCGAGAAGGAAAGAGAAACCUCAUUUACCACAUGCCAGAACACGACGUGCACUGCAGCCACUCAUACCUCCAGCCAAUGUUGGAGUAAUAGUGUAGUGUCUGACAGCCGUCCAGUCUUGGGUGCGUUAUCUGGCCAGAACAGCCGAAAUGGCACUCCAAGUCACCGCGGACGUUUAAAUGCUACUGGCGGAGCCCGAGAAGUCAGUGCCUACGUGAAAAACUCAAAAGAAACCACAGACUCCUACAAAGAAUCACCAUACAGUGAGAGGUAUGUUUCAGCACCGACACACCCCUCGCCUGUGAAGCUGCUCUCCCCUGCAACGCCCUCCUCUCCUCCUUCUGAGAUGUCAACAGCUCUCCCCAGCCUGGCAACCUCUGUUCCUUCCAUGGCGACGAGUCCAUCAGGUGGGGACGAACGGCCCCUGCUGUACUUCACGCCCCCGCCGCUCCGUGAAAAAUCUGAGCCAAGCAGAGCUCGGCAACUUCGCAACUCGGCUCACUGCAACCACGGCCUGGAGGAAAUAAGCCCUCCAACCAGCCUGCAACACACCCCGGAGGAUGAGCAGCUUACUAUCCAGGAGGGUGACUGUUCCAUGCCCAAUUCUGCCCCUCAAAGCCCCACAGCUAUGCACAUAUUCAAAAGAACAAAACCUGAAGAUAAGAAUACCCAAGAGGAGCAGAAAGCAUCGAGUGAAGGCAGCUCUGAGAGCAGCAGCUCUGAGAGCGAGACGGAGGAGGAGCGCAUGGCUGAGGACAAACCUUUCCUCCUACAGAACCCUGGGGCUUUGGGAAUGGCUGUGCUGGGGUUGGAGCUGGCAGACAGCAGCAGGACUAACACUGCACUGCACAUCUCCCCACAAGAUGACCUGCAGACCAGACUAACCAGUGUCAUGGCCAACCAAGAUCCAAUUGCUGUAUAAAAAGGAAGAGACAAUAGAAAAAAACAUACUAAAAGAGAGACACAACUAAACCUUUAUUUUCUAUAAAUUAAGUAUUUGAGGGAAAUGAGUAAAAAAACAAUAACUUUUAUUUUAGUUAUAUAGUUGCAACAAAGUCUUUUAUAAAUUAAAUGUAUAUAAACGUGUUUGCAUUAUGACAAAGUGCCAUGUAUGUGUAUAUGGUCACAGUAUUUCAAAGGCAGAAAAACAGUAUAAAUGGUGCCUUUAAUUUCAGCAUGAAGAUCUAAAGGAAACGGCUUUAUAACAUUGGGCCAAAAAUUCCUGAUGUUCAGCCAGCAAACUGUAAUCAGCAUCAUGCAAAACUUCUCUUAAGCAUUGGAACAAUAGAGUUAUAACUAUUUUAUAGAUGGUUGUUUUCUCAGCUAAUAACAAAAAAGAAAUGUUAACAAAUUUUGAUUUGUACAAAAUUAGACAUGAUAGCUUAAAAACAACUCGUAACACAUUGUUUGCUGGUUGAACUGACUGAAUAAAUGGCUGAAUGUCAGUAAUUUAACACACCCAUUGGCUUUAUGGUAAUGCAUUGUGGGGAAAGUAUAGCACCAAUAUAUCAUCUGGACUCCACACUUGUGUAACCAUUUGCCCAUCAAUAUCAUUGUAGAAUGUAUUUCAGUAUCCAAAGUGUCCUUUGUGUUAUUUUUUUUUCACCAUACAAAUGUAAUCUUGUUUGACGGGGCACUCGCAUAAAUGUUUGUUUUUUCUUUUGCAGCCUAAAAAUGAUGCCAGCCGAGUUUUUAGUGUCUGUAAAAAAAAAAAAAAGGUUGAGUUUGCUUUACCAACAUCUUUGUGAACUGGGCAAAAGAUACAGAAUGAGUGCUUAUUAAUAUCAGAAUACCAUAAAUACUAAUAUAACAUUUGUUUCUGUGAAAUAAAUCCUUUAACCGGCCAUUUAGCUUGCUGGACAGAUAAAGUGGACAGAUAAAUGCAAAUCGACACUUCUACUAGCUUGUUGCCAAUGCUGUGGUGAAAAGGCAGUUCCUGCAGUUUUCUAAAUACCAUCUCCUAUCACAAAACUGAACAUACUGAUAUUUUGCAUUUUAUAGUAUUUAUUUUGUAUAUUUAUUAUUUAUUUAUUUAUUUAUUACUUGGCCUCAUAUAAACAAUCCACUACAAUUUAUAUUUUAGUAGUGUUGAAUAUAUUUCCAUAUAUCAAUAUCAGUACUUUUAAAAUUGGUUUCCCUUUUUUACCAUUCCAUUUUAUUUAUCGAUAUAUGUUUUUUUUUGUUGAAGGCCUAGUGUAUCAUGCAAUAUUAAUAAAUUUACAGCUGAUUAAUGUCAUGAGUGUACAGUUAUAUUACCAUAUAUAGCGCAUUUGUUCAACCUUAUCAUUUGGGUCGCGACAGUGGCCAAAUGCAAAUCCACGGGUCACAUAAAUGCAUAAAUAUAUACAUUUACCGCUUAGAGUUAUAUUAAACCUAUAGUACAUAAGCACAGGUCACACUUUACUCUGAUAACCACUUAUUGCUUGUAAAACACCCCAUGAUGCAUUGCUUUCAAACCAAGGAGUGUCUAACUUGUGUAAAUACAAACAUAAAAACUCAAGUUAUUUUACUGAGUCUGUUAAGACAAGACUUCUCACUCAUAAUACUAAUGUAAUAACUCCAGUGGGUAGGUAUUAGCAAAAUUAUAUCUUUUACUGAUGUAUUUUAUAAAUAGCAUAUACUAUAAAAAAGAG